AUGUCUCUGACUAAAGAUUUUUUGGGAGAUAACUACGAGGUCGUCCGCCGUCUCAGUGAAGGCGGAAUGGGCAUCGUUUACCUGGUUCGUCACCGGCAUCUCGAAACCCAUCGGGUCGUCAAAGUCAUCCGAGAGCAAUACGCUCACAAUCCUGAGCUUCAGGAGAGGUUUUUAAGGGAAGCUCGGACGGCGAUUCGGCUCAGGCACCCAAAGAUUGCUCAGAUUUUCGAUUUCUCCAUGACGGAUGACGGUAGCGCUUUCAUCGUCAUGGAAUAUAUCGAGGGCAGGACGUUGCAGCAGCUGCUGCGGGACGAGGGGCCGCCUCCUCUCGAUCUGGCAUUGGAGAUCGGCCGCCAAGUCCUGGAAGCGCUCGACUAUCUGCAUGGGCAGGGGUACGUGCAUCGAGAUAUUUCCCCCGACAAUCUGAUGCUGACGAAGGAUUUCGAGGAUCGGCGCCUCGUCAAGCUGAUCGACCUGGGUAUCGCCAAACGCACCGGACAGGAAGCCGGAACCCAGUUGACCGGUCACGGAAUGUUUCUCGGUAAGGCGAAAUACUCGGCGCCGGAGGCGAUUGAAGGUAAAGAGGUCGGAGCGGCCAGCGAUGUCUAUUCCUUCGGGGCAGUGUUGUACGAGCUUUUGACCGGUCUUCCACCCUUUGAUGGGCAGACGUUCUCUCAGUUGCUUGCCGCGCAGCUGUUCAAAGAGCCCAGACCGUUCUCCGAGUCCGAUCCACAGGGACGCAUUCCCGAUAUCCUACGCCG